AUGGGUUGGGAUUUGUUCUUAUGGAUUCUCUCCUUCUUCAUCAGCUUAGCCCUCGUCGCUUCCGUCUUCUAUCAGGUUAUCUGUUUAACGGAUUUAGAAGCUGAUUACUUGAACCCUUUCGAGACAAGUUCUCGUAUCAACCGAUUGGUAAUACCUGAGUUUAUCCUCCAAGGAUUACUCUGCAUUCUCUUCCUGCUCACAUGGCAUUGGGUCUUUUUUCUCGUGGCUCUCCCUGUAACAUGCUAUCACGCAAUGUUAUACAAUGAACGACGACAUCUUAUCGAUGUCACUGAAGUGUUCCGUGGUAUUAGCUUUGAAAAGAAGUUCCGGUUUACCAAGCUCGGGUUCUACAUCUUUCUCUUCAUCAUGGUUGUCUUUAGUGGAAGAAAGCUUGGUGUUGAAGAAAGUGUGUUACAAAUGGAAGAGGAUAAGUUAGCAGUUGCGAAGUCGAAGAAAGAUCUUCUUCUUGAAUCACUGGACAAGGCAACCACUCAAGCUUCCGAUGUAUUCUCCUUCAUGCAAUCAUUCAAAGAUCUACAAAGUCAUUAUGAAACGAUCGAAUCGGAUCUUGAGAAGAGGAAACAUGAAUUAGACACAAAGGAGAAGCUUCUUGAUGAGAAGUCACAUGAGUUAGAGUCGAAGGAGAAAAGGGCUCGAGAGAUUGAAUCAGCUGAUGUGUUUCAAAAGGAAGUUGAAGAAAUGCAGAAGAAACUAAGAUCGCUACGAAGAGAUGUGGAAUCUGAGGAGAAGAAACUGUUGCAGAUUCGGAAAUCGAUCCAAGAACGUAAGAUUGAACUAAAGCAGAAGAAAGAGGAAGUGGCGCGUUGCAGAAGAACAAGGAAGCUGAAAAUCCAAAAGAGAAGAGCAACAAGGAGAUGA